AUGUUAAGCUCUGUUUCUUUCACAAGCUUUGCUCUUCUACUCUUUCUUGUUCAUGCUCAAGACCAAUCAGGUUUUAUAAGUAUAGAUUGUGGGAUACCGGAUGAUUCUAGCUACAACGAUGAGACUACAGGUAUAAAGUAUGUUUCAGAUUCGGCGUUUGUUGAUUCAGGAACAAGAAAGAGCGUAGCAGCUCAGUUUCAGAAAAUUGGUUUUGAUAGACACUUGUUGAACUUGAGGAGUUUCCCUGAAGGCAAAAGAAACUGUUACCAUGUUCAGACUCCGAGAGGCAAAGGUUUCAAGUAUCUGAUCAGGACCCGUUUCAUGUACGGUAACUACGAUGGACAAGGAGGAGCUCCCGAGUUCGAUCUCUAUCUUGGAGUCAAUUUCUGGGACUCUGUUAAACUCGACAAUGCAACAACUAUACUCAACAAAGAGAUGAUCACCAUUCCACUUACAGACCAUGUUCAAGUGUGUGUUGUUGAUAAAAACACAGGAACUCCAUUCUUGUCUGUCUUGGAGAUACGAGGUUUGUUGAACACCACUUAUGAGACUUCUUAUGAUGCACUUAGGCUUGAACGAAGAUUGGAUUAUGGCUCAAUCAGCGAUCUUCCAUUCAGGUACAAAGAUGACAUCUACGACCGAAUAUGGACACCUCGUUCAUUUUCUAGUCCACUUUCUGAAUUCAAGACAGUAAAUACAUCUCUCACCGUCGAUCAAGGUUUCCACAAUGGCUACCAACCAGCUCCUACGGUCAUGAGCACUGCAGCAACACCGCGAAACGAGAGCCAGUCCAUGUUGCUUGUUCUUAAACCUCUCGACCCUAACGCAAAGUUUUAUGCAUACAUGCACUUCGCUGAAAUUGAAGAAUUUAAAAACAACUUGACCAGACAGUUCGACGUUUGGGUAGACAAUACAGUACUCUCUCGCUUCUUUAAGCCUAGGUACUUGUUCACCGAUACAGUCUCUACACCCGAACCUGUGAGCGGAGCUAGCCUUAACUUCUCUUUAUACCAACCCACUAGCGAUCUUGGUGGCUUUGUCCUUCCACCGAUCAUUAACGCCCUUGAGAUCUAUCAAGCCAUUGAGUUCCUUCAGAUCCCAACUGAUCCACUAGAUGUGGAUGCCAUGAGGAAGAUCAAAAACAGAUAUAGAGUGGAGAAGAACUGGCAAGGAGAUCCAUGUGUUCCUGUGGAAUAUUCUUGGGAAGGUGUUGAGUGUAUCCAAAAUGAUAACAGUACCAAUCCAAGAGUCGUUUCUCUGAACAUAUCUUUCAGUGAAUUAGCAGGCCAGAUCGAUCCAGCCUUCUCCAACCUUACAUCUCUUAAAAAAUUAGAUAUAUCAAGUAACAGUUUAACAGGAAAUAUACCUGAUUUCUUCACUAACUUACCAAAUUUGACUGAAUUGAACUUGGAAGGUAACAAGUUAACAGGCAUAAUUCCAGCUAAACUUCUUGAAAGAUCAAAGGAUGGAUCUCUUUCCUUAAGAUUUGGUAGAAAUCCGAAACUUUGUCUCUCUGCUUCAUGUCAAAACAUAAAGAAGAAGAAGAAUGGACAAAUCAUUCUAUUAGUAGCACUAAUCAUAGGAAUCGUCAUCGCUCUUUUGACGGCAAUAGCUCUUUUCUGGCAUUUCAAGAAAAGAAAACAAAGAGGUGCAGUUGGUGUGAGGAAUGGACCGUUGGAAACAGCGAAGAGAUACUUCAAAUACUCAAAAGUUGUGAAUAUCACAAAUAACUUCGAGAGAGUUCUUGGCAAAGGAGGUUUCGGGAAAGUUUACUAUGGUGUCAUAAAUGGUGAACAAGUUGCAGUCAAGAUACUGUCUGAAGAAUCAGCUCAAGGUUACAAAGAGUUUCGAGCAGAGGUUGAAAUUCUGAUGAGGGUUCAUCACACAAACCUGACUUCCCUUGUGGGAUAUUGCAACGAAGGAAACCAUAUUGCGCUUAUAUACGAGUAUAUGGCUAAUGAGAACUUAGGAGACUACUUGGCAGGCAAAAGGUCAUUUAUCUUGAGCUGGGAAGAGAGGUUGAAGAUAUCAUUAGAUGCAGCUCAAGGGCUAGAGUAUCUUCACUAUGGUUGUAAUCCCCCUAUAGUUCACAGAGAUGUGAAGCCGACAAACAUCUUACUAGAUGAGAAGCUACAAGCCAAGAUAGCAGACUUUGGUUUAUCUAGAAGCUUCCCUGUUGAAGGAAGUGGUCAGGUUACAACAGUUGUUGCUGGAACCAUCGGUUACCUUGAUCCAGAGUACUAUUCGACACGCCAAAUGAGCGAGAAGAGUGAUGUUUAUAGCUUCGGAGUUGUUCUUCUUGAAGUGAUUACAGGCCAACCUGUAAUUGCAUCUUUAAGAGCAGAGAAUAGACAUAUAAGUGAUCAUGUCAACUCAAUGUUAGCCAAAGGAGACAUCAAAGGGAUUGUGGAUCAGCGUCUAGGAGAGAAAUUCAAUGCUGGCUCGGCUUGGAGAAUUUCGGAAAUAGCUUUGGCUUGUACAGAGCAGCGUUCUGCGCAGAGGCCAACAAUGAUUCAGGUCGUUAUGGAGCUGAAACAGAUUGUUUUUGGUAGAGAGACUGAUCAGGAAAACCAUGGUGACUCGACAAAGUUGAUUACUGUGAACCUGAACUCCGAAGAGGCUCCUCAAGCACGGUAG